CGCAGCAACGCUUUUAGGAAGGCUUGCCGCCACCACGUCCACGUCGUGCCUGUUGCACGGCACAACCGCGCAACCGUCGACCAGCUGCCCCUGCCCGUUCCAGUAGCUUGCCACUUCUCCCGCUUGUCGGUGACUCACAGUGCGGUUCCAUGCACGUGGCAGCUCUCACCAGGUGUCGGUUCAUGCCAUAUUGCGUUCCCCCCCCUCGAUGUUGCCUUGCCUGCCCAUGGAACUGUCACCGAGCUCUGACGGUCCAGUGUUUCCUGGAGCUGCUGCAAGUGGACCGGAGUGGUAGUCGUCGCGAGAUGAAGGCUACCCCUGUCAUGGGAGGAUGUUAAGUCGCUUGUAUGUUUGUUCUUGGCGCCAACCAGUCUUUUGGAAAAUCUGCGAUUUCAACAGUGGAUGCUAAUUAUUUUAUCGAGGAACCAAAGUGUCAUGGAUACCAUUCUCAUCUUGGAAGCCAUAUCUAAGUGGCACAUGGCACUCUGUUUUGAAAUCGUUUGAGGUGACACAGAGAUGCCUCGAGUAUGGUUGUCUGCAUUAAUUCGCCUGAUAGCUCCAAAACUGCAAUGCCAAGGACACUGAGUGAAAACUAUACUGGGAUGGCUGACAAUCUGCAUGCUAAGCCGCAUUGAACCGUCGUAUCACUGCGCCAUGGUAAGCUUGUGGGCCAGAUGAUGAUACCGGUCAUAAGAAGGUAUCCACAACCAAUUUUUAUCGGGAACUUUUGUCAGAUAGGUGACCUAUGCGCGCGGAAGGGCACUGCACCCUUGAGUUCGAGGGAAACGCGGAAGCAAAGUGUGACAUGAGAUAAGGCGAGGUUAGAGCGACCUCUGCUAUGAGGUGGCAGGCCAGGGUAAUUUACUUGUUACACCCUUUAAGUGCUGUCACUUUGGCAACCUGGCCAAUCCGCGUAUUGCUCCCUGAGAGCUGUCACUGUGGCAUCACAUGUGGCAGCCAUGUUACAUGCAGUUAGCUGCCUGACUGGGGCACACGGUGGUAAAGGCAGGGGGAAAGGGGAGGAAAACAGAGGGAAAGGAGUUCAAUGACCUGGGUAUAUUGUUUCGGUAGUCAACAUGGAACAUCCCACUAGAAAUUGGGCUGCGGAUGCUGAGGAAUGGUAUCCCAGAAUGGGGAAUUUACCUAUCCAUGCGUUUUUGGGGAUAACGUUUGAGUUUCAAGCCCCAGAUGUAUUUCUUGCCCGUAUGAAAGUGACUGAGCGAGCUGUGCAGCCAUGGGGCCUUCUCCAUGGUGGUGUGUCUGCUGUCUUAGUGGAGGCCAUCGCCAGCUCGGCAGCAGCAGUCACAAGCAAGCAGCGGGUGGCAGGGUUGGAGAUCAGUGUCAGCCAUUUGCGGCCAGUCCCUCUGGAAACGAAUGUAAUUGGGGUUGCCAAGCCUCUUCUCAAGGGUAAAAAAAUACACGUAUGGGAGGUGAGAAUUGAGGAGGAUGUAGGGCAGCAUGGGAAAGGAGGAAGAGGAGGAGGAGGUGGAGAUGGGAAAGAGGAGGUGGAAGAGGAGGGAGCAUUGAGUGGAGUGAAAGCAGCCAGAGCGGUGGGGGCUGUAGCAGCAAGGCCAAAAGGAGCAACAUUGUUUGCUAUUGGAAAGCUAACGGUAGGUAUUAAUCUGGGUAGGAGUCCUCCAGGAGCGCCAAUAAUGCUCAGGGGAGGCUCUGGUUCGAGAGAAAUGCAGACGCAGUCGAGGAUGUGAAUGCCAACCUACUGUGCUUUGCCGGGGACAGGUUGUUACACUGCAUGCUGAAUGGCUUAUGUGUAGAUGGGUUUCUGCCUUGGAUUGCAAUUUUGACGACGCGGAUGUGAAGCUGGGUGUUCUCGACAUACUGAGAGGUAUUGUUAGGGACGGUGGUCCCCACUCAGCACGUUGUGAAGCCUGUGGGAGAGAUAUGUGAGGUGAUCUUGUAGUGGUAUCCCUUUUACGAAGUUGCAAUGGACGGGUUGUUGUUCGAUUGUGAGUUUAGUGUAGAUAGGAAACCAAAAAGAAGGACAAAAAAAGGGGGGAAGGCGGUGAAGAAGGCCCCAACCUUGACUGUAUCCUAUCAUAUACUUUUGGGACUGGGUAGGGUGGUAUUAUCCCCUUUGCUAAAAAAGAAAAUCAGACUGGGUAGAGCAUCAUGCAACUCCCUUGGCUCUCCCACGGCAUGUGUGAAACGCUUCUCCCAUCCCCCCUUGGCACUGCCUCCCCCCUUGCCACCCCCGCCCCCUUCCCCGUGGCCUUGGUCAUGUUUAGCAGCUCUCAACCUUCCUCAACACCGUGGCUUGCUCUCCUUGCUCAUGUUUAGCAGCUUUCAACAACACCAUGGCUCGCCACCCCAUCGGUUGUGUGUACUGCAUUUUUUCUCAAUCCUCUUUGGGCAUAAAGCAUCCUUGCCGUGAUAACAUAAUUGUACAGGACAUGGUUCUGUGCUGGACCUUAUGUUUGUACCAAUUUGGAACCAUAUAGAUCAGACGUGAAUCUGGAUCAACACUUGAUGAUACUCACUCCACUCCCCCAACUUGUGUGUAAAGCAUCUUGCAAUCCGCUGUGGCAUUCUCACAACCCUUGUGUGAAGUACCUGGCCUUCCCUCAUGACACUCCCCUUGUGUCCCCACUUGCAUCCACUGUUAGCCUGAACAUUCCCCAUGUGUGUCAAGCACCAUGCAGGAUGUCUGGUCUUAGUAUACCUAUCAGAACCUUGGCGCACACAUCAGUUGAGACGGGCCUGCCAUCUGGGCUCUCGGUCCACUGCAUAUAUAAAACACCAUCCUGGUGUCAGUCGGUUAAAGUCCUACUUAGUCUGUCACGAAACCCCAUUUUCUGUUCCUUUCCAACUUGUCACAGUUCUGUGAUUGUUUCUCACUAACUUCAUACUUAAUCUUCUUUGACACAGACUCUGGGAGACAUGGUAGUAUCUGUUGGCUUUUGCUACACCUGGAGUCUGGGCUAGGUCUCAGCUUCACAGCAAGGGCCCAUCUGUCUGGGUAUCUGUGGACCUGCCUUGGGUAAGGCCCAUGGAACCAUGGGUACCCUCGAAUAUCCGUGGGCUUCGCGGCACGACCCAUAUACCUCUUAGAGGGUGCUUACACUUGGACUUUCAUGGAUGUAUUUGACUGCACUAUAUGCCUCUUAGAGGGUGCUUACACUUGGACUU